CUCUAGACAAACCGUGACGCGCUGCCGCGUGUUUGGAUCCCAAAUUUUCUAUCAAACCUCUUUGUACACGACUUUCACGACCAUCCAUCCUUUGUCUCUUUCUCUUUCUACACCUACCUGAGAUGGAUCUUCAAUCACUCGCGAACUUAUUCGCGACAACUUACAAUCCUGAUCCUAAUGUACAGAAGACAGGCGAGCUCCAAAUACGCAAGAUCGGUGCACAGGAGGGCAUGCUUACCGCCCUUCUGCAGAUCAUCGCAUCCGACGGCGUUGAAUUAGCUACUCGCCAAGCUUGUAGUGUUUACCUCAAGAACCGCGUACAUACCUCCUACAUCCUCCCGCCAAAUCCACGCCCAGACCACGUUCCAAUCGCUCUAUCUGAUCGCACCGCUCUAAAGACCCAUAUCCUUCCCCUCCUCGCUGCCAGUCCCAGCCGCUCCAUCACCGUCCAGCUCGCAGCGACCCUCAAGGACCUUGUGGCGCAUGACUUUCCCGAACGUUGGUCCACCCUCUUGGAUGACGUGAAGAGGCUCUUGGGAAGUGGAGACGUGAGAGAAGUCGGAGCUGGUGUCGUGGCCGCACUCGAGUGUGUUAGAGCGUUCAGAUUCCGUCAAAAACCUGACAUUCUGCCCGGCAUUAUCACCACACUUUUCCCUACACUCGUCACCAUCGCUGAUGGCAUGCUCAAUACCUCUCCUUCCCAACCCGCAUCUCAGGAGAUCCCUGCCAUGCUGCACUUGAUUUUGAAGACGUACAAAACUGCGAUUAUCGUGAACCUUUCCCCACACCAACAGAGCCCCGAAUCGCUCGUGCCUUGGGGAAGGCUCUUAUUCCGUGUUGUUGAAAUGACUGUCCCUCCGGAGGGUGUUCCAUCUGAUGAAGAGGACCGGGAGAGAUGUGAAUGGUGGAAGGCUAAGAAGUGGGCGUACGGAAUUCUCGGCCGACUAUUCCAUCGCUUCGGCAAUCCCUCUCAGCUCCCAUCGCCGAUGCAGAACGAGUAUGGCAUAUUUGCCGAGCAUUUCGUGACUACCUUCGCGCCUGAAAUCUUCAAGGUGUACCUCCACCAAGUCGAGCUAUACGUGUCUGGACAAGCAUGGCUCGGCAAGAAAUGCCAAUACCAGAUCUUCCAGUUUUUCACUGAAUGUAUUAAACCCAAGUCAACAUGGAUACUUCUGAAACCCCAUGUUGACAGCCUCGUGGCCAACUUUGCAUUCCCCCAGCUCACCUUCAACGCACACAAACAGACCAUGUGGGAGGCCGAUCCCGUAGAAUACGUCCGUGCCAGCGUCGACGAAUACGAAAACUUUUCGUCUCCUGUGAGUGGCGCGACCUCGUUCCUCCUCUCCCUCGCAAGCAACCGCACAAAAACGUCCUUCCUCUCGAUGCUUCAGUUCAUCAACACCGUCUUGCGCUCGAGUCCUUCGCCAGCUCAGCGCUUCGGCGCGCUUACGAUGACAGCAGUGCUCGGCCCCUUCAUCGUACGCCAUCCUGAGGUUAAAGGAAGCAUAGAGCAGUUCAUGGUGCAGUACGUCCUACCGGAGUUCACAGCGCAGGAGCCAUACUUGCGAAGUGCAGCAUGCGAAGUGCUAGGUGUGGUGACAAAGGCUGGUAUCACGUGGUCUAGUGAAGAGAACUUGAACAACCACUCUCGCGCUGUUGCGGUGGCUUUGGACGACCGCGAACUCCCAGUACGUGUGCAGGCCGCGCUGGCUAUCACCGAGCUGGUUGUAGUUCACGACGCUGUCAGGGACGCUGUUUCUCCGCAAGUUGGCAAGGUCGUGCAAGAUCUUCUCAAGCUCUCCGAUGAGACAGACCUCGAUAUCCUCAAUCACAGCAUGGAAGCUAUGGUCGACCGCUUCCAAAACGAGCUUCUUCCCGUGGCCUCUCAACUCACCGCACGUCUGUGUGAAUCUUACUUACGCCUUGCGAGAGAAGGCUUGGCGCAGCAAAACGAAGCAGUUCUGGACCACCUCGAUGUGGACUCGCUCGUGUCGGACGGCGAAGAUGACAAAGUAUACGGCGCUAUGGGCGUCGCCAAGACUAUUGGGACUGUUGUUUCGUGCAUCGACUCCUCGCCUGAAAUUCUUUCACAAGUGCAAGAGGUAAUCAUACCCAUCAUCCGGUUCACCCUUGAGAAUAAGUUGAUCGAUUUGUUCGAUAAUAUGUACGACCUCGUAGACGCCCUUACCUUCCGUCUUCACGCUAUAUCUCCGAAUAUGUGGCCGGUGUUCGAGUUGACGUAUGAUCUCUUCAAAGGGGAUGCUGUUGAUUUCCUUGAUGAAAUGCUUCCCUCGUUGGACAACUUCGUGUCGUAUGGUACAGAGGUGUUGAAGGCCCGCCCCGACUACAGGCAGAAGGUGCUCGACAUGUACCGCACGGCUAUGACGAGCCCACAGCUGGGGGACAACGACAAGAUCAACGGGUGUAAGCUAGCAGAGUCGAUGCUCCUCAACUUGCACGGCCAUGUUGACGAUCUCAUGCAAGACAUUAUCGCAAUUGCCGCUGAUCACAUCGACAAAGGCGAGACUGCUUCCUUCCGGCUUGCUAACCUCGAAGUUCUCAUCAACGCCGUGCUUUACAACGCCUCUGCUGCGUUACACUUUAUGGAGGCUUACAAGCCUGGACUUGCGCGCGUGUUCUUCGAUCGCUGGUUCGCAGCUAUCAACACCGAUAACAAGCUCCCUCGCGUGCACGACAAGAAACUGAGCAUUUUGGCGCUGUGUAAGUUGUUGGAGAUGGAGGCUGGUGCGAUUCCGGAGGGGUUGAGGGAUGGGUGGCCUGAGAUUGUGGGUGGUGCUUUGAAUAUCUUCAAGACGCUGCCUCAGGCCGUUGCGAAGCGUAAGACGUUGGAGGACCAGCUUGUUGAAGGGGAUGAUGAUGACGAUGAAGACGAGACGAGGUAUCUGAAUCUCGAGGGAGAGGAAGAUGAGGACGUCUGGGACGAAGAUUCCGCGUAUCUCGAGAUCUUAGCAAAGGAGGGUGCUCGUCUGAGAGAAAAAUCCGAGAAAGCAGCAACCGGGGACGACGAGUCAGAUACAUCUGAAGAAUCAGAGAUUGAAGAAGAACUUGGGUUUUUCAGUUUGCUAGACACGAUCAACCCGUAUGUUACGUUUAAGCAGGCAUUGCAAACAUUCCAGAAUCAAAACGCUGCUCUAUACCAGGCUGCGACCACGAUGCUCACGGUUGAGCGACAGACUAUGCUUAUGGAGGUGGUGGCGAUGGCGCAGAGCCAGGUUGGGGCAUAGUUGAGGUUGUACUAAUAUUUGUCUGUUUUACAUAGUUGUUGUGGUGGUUGUGGUAUUUCGGCUUGUUCAAUGGGUCAUUGACAUUGUGCGCUUUGUACUUAUACGAGGGAAUGGCUGUCUUGCAUAUAGUGGUCUGCCUAUGUCCUAGGAAAGACUACAUGCAUUGCGCAUACAUCAUCCCUUAUUGUGAAGGCCCGGGACCGAUCGGUGCUGCUGGCCCUUCGGACCUCU